CCCUCUCUUCCUUUUUCAAAAGAAACCUAUUGUACCACUAGUCGAGGCAAUGAAACAAUGGUGCAAUACACGACCAUUCUCACAUCCUUAGGCCUUACAAUCCUGACCACUCUCGUGAUCAAGAUUUACCGUGCGCUCACCACGCGUUGCCAAGGUCUUCCCUCGAUCCCGUUCGUGGCCACCGUGUACGAUGCCUAUCGCGGGGUAUCGGAGAUCCGAUUCCACAACACGCGGCUUCGGCCCGUGCUCGAGGCGCAUGGGGCGGUCAAUUUAUGGAAUUCGGGCCAGUGGACGGUGCUGGUGACGCGACCGGAGUAUGUGGUGCGCAUCCUGCGUAACGAACGGAUGGUGGCCAAGGGGGGAUUCUACCGCAAAGUGCCGGGGAGCCGGCUGGCGGGCCUGUUCGGCGAGAACCUGAUCGAUUCGCACGGCGAGGUCUGGAAACAAUUCACGACCAUCAUGAAGCCGGGAAUCCAACGGGCACACAAGAUCAGCACGCUGCAGGCCGCGUGUAAUAAGCUCGUGGCGACGGUGCAACGAGAGCAGCAGAAGGCGGCAGCGGCGACGACGACGGCGACGACAUCGAAGAACCCUGAAGGGAUCGUCAUCAACGAUCUGAUCGAACGCUGGGCCAUCGAUGUCUUCGGCGAGAUGUUUUUCGACGUGCAGUUCGCGGCCCUGGAUGAUGUACAACGGCCGGUUCGCGCGCAGUCGGCGCUGAACGCGAUACUGUGGAGUCUGGGAAAUCAUCUCACCGGCGCCUUCCCGCUGCUAGAACGCAUCGGCGCGCCGCUGUGCCCUGCGCGGCCGCAUUGCUUCGCUAUGAUCCGCGAACUGGAAGAGGCGUUGAUCGAGAUUACCGACGCUCUCCCGGACCCGAGCGACAAGAACCAGGCCGACAAGCUGAUCUAUCGGAUGCGGGGCGCGCGAGACAGCGGACAGAUGUCGGACUUCCAUUAUCGGUCGAAUUUGAAGAUGUUGUUCUUUGCCGGCCACGAGAACGUCAAAUUCGCCUUCAUCGCCGCCUUGUGGGAGCUCUCACAGAGUAGCCGCAUUCAGGACAAGUUAUAUCACGAACUUGUGGCAGCGACAACACGUCAUCAGGGUGAUCAUGCCGAUGAUGCGAGCGACGACGACCUCAAGCACUUACCCUAUCUCACUGCCGUCGUCUCCGAAACCCUACGUCUCUACCCCCCCGUGAGCCAACUCAUCAACCGAAAGACCCUGGCACCGGUUCCGCUGGGCGAUAACAUCACCAUCCCAGAGGGGACAUGGGUGGGUUGGACCGCAUACGGCGUGCAUACGGACCAGACAACAUGGGGACCCGAUGCACAUGUCUUCCGGCCGGAGCGAUGGGGUGACGAUGUCCAGGCCAUCCACAAAGCCAUCAGCCAGCAUCAGGUGCGCGGUUCUUAUAUCCCCUUCAACGCGUGGACGCGCAGCUGUGUCGGAUCCGAAUUCGCCCUGUUGCAACUCCGCAUCACGCUGGCCGGCAUCGUGCGCAAGUUCAAGAUCACCAGUGCACCCGGCUACACCUUCUCCAUCGCAAAGAAUGGCUCUUUGGAACCCUAUAAUUGCCGACUUAUCUUCACGGAUAGGACAUAAGGACGGGGAGUAUUAGGACUGCGUCAAUUGCGGACUUUGGGUUCCAACGUACGGAAUCCUCGUCCUUCUGACGUCCACUUUGAUAGCCAAUGCUUCCCCAAUCUCGUUCGGCCAUCACCUUCGAACCGUCCUACUACCUAUACCCCCCAACGUAGAUAAUACUACCUCUGAUCUGCCCGACCGUAAUUUCCCACAAAGACCUACA